GCCUCAUCCAGGAACGCUACCAGGACGCCCGUCAUAUCUCCGCCCCGUCCCAGCCAUGGCCACUGCAGAAGACAGCACGGCGCCCAAGUCCAGCCACGUCUCCGACCCGGCUCUUGCACCAUUCCUCCAGUCGACCUUCGACCCUGCCGACUACCUCAAUGCGACCCUUCCCUCGCUCUCGCUGAGCGGGCGGCCGGUCAAAAGCACCUCGGCCUCGCUCGCAGACCUCUCCUCGCAAACACAAGACCUCCUAUCGCAGCUCAAUGCGCAAACCACACGGCUGUCAGCAAUCCUCACGCAGCUGACCGACGACAUACUGCGCAGCGGAGGUCGAUUAGCAUAUGAAGUCGAAGUACUGCGUGGAGAGACGAUUGGGCUCACCGACAUACUCAGAGAUGGGCUGAAGGAGGAGAUCGCGAAGUUCCUGCCGGGUGGUCUUGCACUGGAAACGGAGCCACAAGAGACAGCAAGCAGAAGACCCUCAGACGCACCAAUCCAGGACGAUACUGCUGCAGAAUCAUCGCAAGGCACCACACAACCACCGCCCGCCGACACAACUCCCGAAUACAUCACCUCCCUCCGCACCCUGACAACUGUACGCUCGCGCCUCGAGACCGUCAUCAAAGUCUUCGGCGAAGCUAUGCACUGGACGAUCCCGCCGUCAGACGUCUCCCUCGGCAGCUCUCUGAUCAGCGUCUCCGCCCCAGAACCCGGCAGCGACAACGCCUCGCUUGAGCAACGUGGGAAAGAAUUCGCCUCCGCGCUACGCUCCGAGAUCGCCGACCUGGUAGUCGGGGAUCCAGAGCAGGGGCCUGCGAAGGCACAGGCUAGGAUCCAGGCCUUGCGCGAUCUGGCGGUGGUGUGGAAGGGGACGGCGGAAGAGAAGGCGCGGGGGAAGUUUGUGGAGGGCUUGGUCAAGGUGGCGGAGGAUAAGCAGAGGGAGGUGGAGAAGGAGAGGGAGAGGAGCAAAGGGAGGAGCGGCAGGAGCGCGAGUACAACUAAGCCACAGCCACCGCCUGUGAGGGGGCAGGGGCGAGGUGGGUUCCUGGAGAACUUAAGCAGGAUACGGGGGUUUGUCGAGUAGGUCGCUUGAACACAUCAACUGAUUCGACUGUCAUUCCAUCAUCCUACACAACGUCCAGCGUAGUUUCAGCGGUUCUAGGUUGACAAGAGCGGCUUCAUCAAUACAUUUAUGAGCAGCCGAUACUAUGAGAGAUCUAGUAAAGUAUAACGUAGGGAAAUCUCAACGCUGUCAUGAACACAAAGAGCAGGCUGAGGGUAC